AUGGCAGCGCUGGCGCUGGGGGACCUGUUCUCUGCCUGCGAGGAGACCAUCGCCAACUCUGUGCGAGGCCACUCCUGCCCGGUGAACGUUGACAUUGUGGACAUCUAUGAGUCUAUCCGUGAAAGGCAGCGUCAUGACAGCGAAAGGUCUACCUGCAGCACCUUGGAGCAGAACGACAUUGAAGCCGUUGAAGCGCUUGUUUGCAUGAGCUCCUGGGGUCAAAGAUCACAGAAAGGUGACAUAUUAAAGAUAAGGCCACUUACGCCCUUCUCAGAUUCCGGUGAUUUCACAAUGCACACCGAGGCUACGUCUGAAUUACCAAAGGACUAUUUAUCUACACUGUGCAUGACCCCUCCGCACAGCCCUGACUUUGUUGAGAUAUCAGCUGCUAUGCUUCUCUCCUCACAAGUCACUUAUUCCAAACCAAGGACUGUCAUGGCGAACACAGCUGCCUGCUCAGUCACAUCAGCGACCAGUGCCUCUCCCAUAACCAAGCCAUCCGUUACCAACAUGGAGCGACAGUGCAGUCGGAAGCCAGUGAUAUCCGAAUCCCUCGCCCCUCAGCCUUGCAGGGCCAUGGCAACAAGCGUGAUACGUCACACAGACUGGUGUGAGGCGGAUGACCGAAGACAUUCCAGAUUGCCACAGGACACAUGUGCUACGGGUGAUUUGGUUAACAAAACCUCUCCGGUACAUCAGCCUUGUGCACAUGACUCCAGUGAUACUGUGACCAAUAAAGGACAACUACCGGUCCGGCCCGUUUCACCGCAGACCCACUUACCAAAGAAUUGUGAGAAUGACUUGCAAAAAAGAGCUACCCCAGUGACACCUGCCCCUGUUUCAAGCCCCCAAGUUCUCUGUCAGAUGAUCCCUUUAAAUGGACAAAGCAGUAUGAUCAAUGCCUAUGUCAAGCCUUCAACUCCAACAGUCUCAACGCCCAUGAAACCCAUUUUACCGCAGACAGCCCCGCUCCCUCAGCCUGUACUUAUGGGACCUUCUGUGCCUCAGGGGACCGUCAUGUUGGUUCUUCCACAGACUGCCGUCACACAGACGCCGCAGUGCCCGCAAACAGUGAUGACUGUUGGGAACACCAAGUUACUGCCCCUUGCUCCUGCUCCUGUGUUCAUCGCUUCUGGUCAAAGCUGUGCCCCCCAGAUGGACUUUUCUAGACGGAGGAAUUACGUUUGCAACUUUCCUGGCUGCAAGAAAACCUAUUUCAAAAGUUCCCACCUUAAAGCCCACCUUCGCACCCACACUGGAGAAAAGCCUUUCAGCUGCAACUGGGAAGGCUGUGACAAGAAGUUUGCCCGCUCCGACGAGCUGUCACGCCACCGUAGAACUCACACAGGAGAGAAGAAGUUUGCUUGUCCCGUGUGUGAGCGUCGCUUCAUGCGCAGCGAUCACUUGACAAAGCACACCCGCCGCCAUAUGACCACGAAGAAGAUCCCCAGCUGGCAGACGGAGGUUGGCAAACUCAACAGAAUCGCCACAGCAGAGAAACCGAAAAGCAGCAGUGCUCUGAGCAUGCUCAUCCCCGUGCCAUCGUCUGUCUGUCAGGGCUAGUGUGAGGAAACACCUUCU